AUGCCGAACCUAGCGAUUUCAACGGGUCAUGUAUCUGACGACUUCCCUUUAUGUGCUUUUUCGAUAUACCGCUACUUAAACUACAUCGGGACGGCUCAAUCCAGCACCGAAGCCGGGACAGUGCCCUGCAGCCGGGGCAGUGGCGUCUCCGCAGUCCAAAGCGAGGCUAUCCAGGUUCACCUGAGAUAUCGUAACAUGUUAUCGACUCGGGACUAG